AUGGCGACGGGUGCCAUUUCCACCGAGUCCAAGAAAAUAUCAGAAUUAAGAGUUGUUGAUCUUAAAUCCGAGCUGAAAAGAAGGAAUUUGGACACUACUGGUAUAAAGAGUGUUCUUCUUGCAAGACUGAGACAGGCUCUUGAAGAUGAAGAUUGUGACACCGAGAAUAUUGAGAUCCCGCUUACAGCUGACACAUCAACUCGUAAAGAUGGGAAAGUUAAAGGGAAAAGGGUGGAUUCUGAUGCAGACACCGCAGGGGAGGAAGAUGUGUUAUCAAAGGAAACUGAAGAGUACGAAUCAUCAGAAAAAGAUGUAACUGAUACAGAUGAUGGUACUCGUGAAAAUUCUAAGCCUGAACCCCGUGAGGACAGCCUCGCUCCGCCAGAGGCUGAUCCCGAGUCAGAGGAGGCGGUGGCGGCUGAUUCAGAGCCUGAGCCAGAGGUGGACGCAGAUGCUGAGCCAGAGGUGGACGCAGAUGCUGAGCCAGAGGUGGACGCAGAUGCCGAGCCAGAGGUAGAUGCAGAUGAUGAGCCAGAGGUGGAUGCAGAUGAUGAGCCAGAGGUGGAUGCAGAUGAUGAGGACGCCGACCCAGACAUGGAUGAGGAGGCUGAGCCAGAGUUGGACACCGAGCCAGAGGUGGAGACGGAACCAGAGGUAGAGCCCGAGCCGGCUCAGAUGAAUGCUGUAGCCAAGAAUUCCUCUAAAGAAGCUGAGGACGAUCACAUGUCCGUCCCAAACCCAAAUGAUGAUGCCAUCACCCUAGAUGUCGAUGGUGAUGAUCUCCUGGAAACAGGUAAACCUAUGAAACUUCCAGAUCCAGAGGCCGAGACGGGCAAUGAUGAGCCAGAGGCCUCUGCUGAGACGGGCCCAGACGAUGACAUGAAGGCGGAAGAGAGCGAUGACCACAAAGAUGGUAAGAAAGAUGAUGGAUCCAGGGGUGAGCCCACGAAGAAAGACAGCAGAGAGGCCCAGAAGAAAGCCGAGACGGGAGACAAAGAAAAGGAUUCUGGGAAGAAAGGCCCCUCCACUACUGGGGCAUCAGGUCAAGCAAAGAGCUCUUCAAGAGACAGAGAUGGAAAAGAUGAAAAGGGAGUCGACAGCAGCUCUUCUCGCAACCUAUGGGUGAGCGGCCUGUCGUCAAACACCAAAGCAGCUGAUCUUAAGAACCUGUUUGGCAAAUAUGGGAAGGUUUUAAGUGCUAAGGUGGUGACAAACGCUCGCAGUCCCGGUUCAAAGUGUUAUGGCUUGGUGACAAUGUCCUCCAGCACAGAGGUGACCCGGUGCGUCUCCCACCUCGACUCCACAGAGCUCCAUGGACAGCAGAUAUAUGUUGAAAGGUCCAAAAAUGAUCCAUUCAAAAAAGAAGGCUCAAAGAAGGAAGCAGAGGACAAAGCAUGUUCCAGCAAGUCCAGUGAGAAGCGCAGUUCCACAGGCACCAAACUGACGAACAAAGUACAGCCUCCUUACAAAAAAGAAGACAAGAAAUUGGAUAAACAACCUGAAAAGGACAAAGAUUUAUCAAAGAAAAUGGAUGCCAGAAGUGGAAAAUCUGACUCCGUUUCAUCCAACUCGGGGCAAGAUUCUUUCAAGAAAGAUGACCGAAAGCAUGGGCGGGCAAAAAGCCCAGGCAAGAUGCCAUUCGUACAUCAUCCCAAUAGAGAUUCUAACUUUGGCAGAAUGAGACCUUUCAGAAGGGGAAGGUAUUUUGAAAGGCCCUUUGUCAAUAUGAAUGUUCAAAGGCGACCAAAAUGGUUGAUUCCUCCAGAAGAGCUGGAGAUGAUUAGAGACAAACCGCGUCCCUUUUUUAACAAGGGGGAAGAAAAAGACAUCCUGCCUUUUGAGAAGAUGAAGGAGCAGAGGAUGCGUGAACGGGGAGUUCGUGUGGAGCGAGCCCGCAGAGCCGUGGAGUUGCGCAGGCGGCGGGAAAUUGCUGAACAAGAACGCAGGGAGCGUGAGCGUGUCCGUCUGUUGCGGGAGCGCGAAGAACGAGAGAACCUGCUCCGGGAGCGCCAGAGACUAGAAUUGGAGAGACAAAAACUGGAAAGGGAGCGCUUGGAGAGGGAGAGGCUGGAGAGAGAGAGAAUCCGCAUUGAGCAGGAACGACGUAAAGAGGCAGAGCGCAUGGCACGUGAACGUGAGGAGCUGAGGAGGCAGCAGGAGCAUCUCCGUUAUGAGCAAGAAAAGAGGAACAACCUCAAGAGGGGCCGCGAGGUGGAACACGGCCGGAGAGACGAUUCGUAUUGGAAUGGCAACAAGAAAAUGCAGUCCGAGUCCGAUGUCCGUUUAAACCAGGGCUCAAACUACAACCGGCAGCAGAACCGCUUCUCCAACUUCACUCCGAGAGAGAGGGGGCGCUUUCCAGAGGCCGCUGCUGAGCCGUCCAACACCUAUGACAGACGUAACCGGUUUGAAGGGGAGCCAGAACCAAAGAAGAGUCGCCCUGCUCCCCACAGAGAGAGCUCAGGCUUUGAGCGCUACCCCAAGAGCUUUGAAACAGUCCGCAGAACCGAGCCCCCUCCUCCUCCACGCAAUGAGCUCCGUGACACCGACCGGCGGGAAGAGAGGCGACCUGUUCCCAUGCGGGAGGAGAGGAGACCUGUGCCCAUGAGGGAAGAGAGGCGACCUGUUCCCAUGCGGGAGGAGAGGAGACCUGUGCCCAUGCACGACCGCCCGAUGGGAGCCAGGGCUGCGAUACCUGGCAUGUCGCACAACCGAUCACCCCGGGAUGGAGGGCAUGGGUGGAAGAGUGAUGGUGGCAUUAACUCCAAUAAGGGAGAUAUACGUAAUGCUGGGUUGAACAGAGGACCGAUGCGUAUGCGCCCAGAGCGACCAGGCAGAGAGGGUCCAGGCCCCGUCCUCAGAGGAGGCUCCACAGCCAGCCGGGGGAGGAGCAGCUUCAGUGACCGGGAUGGAGGCAGACCAAUGGGGAUGAGCGAACAGCCGUUUAGCUCCGGGCGGCAGGUCGUGGUGGAGCGUCACAGCAGGGAUCAGGGGCUGAGAAAGGAGUGGCACGGCGGCUCCAGCUCACAGGGCGGAGGCUACGCUGAUACUCGCAGAAUGGGAGACAGCCGUGGCAGCUUAAUGUCCCCUACCAGUCACUCUUCUUCCGGAAUGAACCGGAUUGUACAGAUCACGAACAACUCCAUUCCCAGUGGUGGCAACGUGGGCGGCUUCAAACCCUUCAAAGGAACGCAGCGGCAGUUCUAACGGCAACCAAAUUCUACCAUUUUAAAGCACCUGAAAAUCUGAAGACUUUUCUGAACUUUUUUUUUUUUUUUUUUUUAGAAUAUCAACUGAUUUAGGUGGCACAUUUAUAGCCUCGAGGUUGAUAACACUAUUUGAUUUUGUAUAGACAAGUGUUUACCUCAGUCAAAGGUUCUGCAGUUACUGUUUAACACCCCUGUGCAUAUGUUUUACUCUUUACUUACAUUUAGGAAGAUAUUGUACAGCCCUAUGUCUUUGUAAGUUUUCACGUGAUGUUACCAACUUCUCUGAGUGUUGUAUGUAUAUUUUCAUUUGCCUAGUGUUACACUCGGUUCUCUUGUGUAAUACCUCAUAUGUGAGUGUAAAAUAGAGCUCAUGAAGUAUCAGGGAGCACUCCUUUGGAUGUUUCUCUCUGAGGAAAGUUAUUUUUAGUUUUUUGAAAAGUCAUCCCUGGUGAAGACGUUUUGUAAAGAGUAGUUGGAUUAAACAAAACAAUGUCAACUGUACACUGGCCUACAUUGUAGCAAAACACCUCCCAUAGGUCAUGUGUUGAAUAACAUGCAUAUAUAACGUAUGUGUGUCUCAAAUAAACUGCGGGGCUUUCAAUGUGUGCCAGAUUCCCUGAAAGUACUAUAA